AAAGCGCGCAAUUUGAAUUUCCGUCACUUUGAAAAAUGAGUGAUUGUAAAUAAUGAAAUGAAUGAGUAUUUCUAGACCGAUAGAAUAUUUUCUAAACUAUUGACACAUCCAUUCAGUGAAGAAUGAAUAUCAGUAAUUUAAUGGAAUUUUCACUGAUGGAUGAUGAAGAGAAUCAAUUCAGUAUUCCUUCAUUGGCACAGACUCCCGUAGUCAAGAACUCUAUACUGAAACCUUCCACGAAAGAUAAUCUCAUACAACUAUCAACACCUGUUCAUAAAAACCUCAAGGUAAAAUUUCAGACCCCACAGACUGCACACAAAGUGACACCAACAAGGUACGAACAAAUUAAAGAAUUAGAUGAUCAAGAAAAUUGGGCAGAAAGAACGACAGUUGUAUUAAAGUGUGAUCAUGAAGAAAAUACUAAGAAUGCUCAAGCUAUUUUACAUGACCUUAUUUACCAGUGUUUAGAUAGCAACAAGGCAAGCAAUGAUGAGGACCCUGUGAAAGACGACAAUGGUCAAGUAACAGUGACAGGAACUUCAUUACCAAUGGUUUCAGAAGAGACACAAAACAUCAGUGAUGACUGUAUCACAAAAGCUGACAAUUUAUCUUCUCAAGGUCCUGAAAAUGUGCAGAAAGUUGAAAAGGAAACCCCUGGUUCGCCAAUCAUCCCAGCUAAGUCUGGGGGAUAUUCAGUAGAUUUUGACAAUUUGGAUACUAUUGAUCCAUUUAAAGCCAAAGGGGGUUUGUCGAUUUCCCCCUCUUCACAAAAAAUAGAAAUAUUAGCUCCUGGUGACAAUCAGGCUGAGAGUGAUAGUGAAAAGCUGUUAGAAGACAUUGAACUCCUUGAUAUAAAAUUAGAAGACAUUGCUGAUAUCACUCUCUCAGAAAACGUGCCAUGUGAAGAAGGGGACACAACUGUUAUUGAAAACAAACAUUUGGGAGAAGGGGGUGUAAUUGUUGAUGAAAGCAAACAGACAGAGGACAAAGAUUUAACGGUGAUUGAAAAUAAGUGCAAAAAUGAAAUUGAUGAUAUUUCACCAGAAAUUAAAGAAAAUAAACAAUCGCAUGAUAUAGAUCUUGAAAGUAUAAAAAAUCCGUUUGCGACAACAAAACAAUUAGCCAAUUCACCACAGGUUAACACAACAAGCAUCACUUCUGAAUCAACACUUGAGAAAGAAAACCCAUUUGCGGCUUUAAAAGCAGAUAUUGGAUCGGUUGAAUCAGCCACCAAUUCCAAUUUUCUUAACUCACCUUUAAAAUUGCCAGCUGACUCGUUUGUAUCAGAACCAACCAUCAUAAACUCUCCAUUGUUGAAAAGUACAGAAAACCAACCUUCCAUUGAUGAAGAGAUAAAUCCAUUUGCCACCAAUACUAAGGUAGCAAAUUCACCGGCUGUAUAUGCUGAUCCUUUUGCCACAAAGUCAACAAUGGCAAAUUCACCGGCUGUGGAUGCUGAUCCUUUUGCCACAAGGUCAACAGUAGCAAAUUCACCAGCUGUGGAUGCUGAUCCUUUUGCCACAAAGUCAACAGUAGCAAAUUCACCGGCUGUGGCUGCUGAUCCUUUUGCCACAAAGUCAACAGUAGCAAAUUCACCGGCUGUGGCUGCUGAUCCUUUUGCCACAAAGUCAACAGUAGCAAAUUCACCGGCUGUGGCUGCUGAUCCUUUUGCCACAAAGUCAACAGUGGCAAAUUCACCAACAUUGGAUAGAACACAAGAUCCCAUGUCCAUAAAGUCAAAGGUCCCAAACUCACCAAAAUCUGAUGUUGAUUCAAUAAAUACAUCUGAAUUGAAAUCUGAGAUACCCAAAUCACCAGCACAAAGUUCCCAGGAUCCAUUUGCUACAAAAACAAAGGUUGCAAAUUCACCAGGAAUUAAUUCAGAUGAAAAUCCUUUUGAAACAAAAUCUAAGGUUCCAUGUUCACCAGCAAUAGGUUCUGAAGAGAAUCAAUUUGCAACUAAAUCAAUGGUUCCAAAUUCACCAACUAUAAUUUCUGAGGUGGAUCCUUUUGCUACAAAAUCAAAGGUUCCCAACUCACCAGGAAUAAGCACAGACGAAGAUCCAUUUACAACAAAAUCAAAAGUUCCAAAUUCACCAGCAGUAAGCUCCGAAGAUGACCCAUUUUCAACUAAAUCAAAAGUUCCAAAUACACCAGCAGUAAGCUCCGAGGCAGAUCCAUUUGCUACAAAAACAAAAGUUCCAAAUUCACCUGCAGUAAGCACAGAGGAAGAUACAUUUGCUACAAAAACCAAAGUUCCAAAUUCACCGGCAGUAAGCACAGAGGAAGAUCCAUUUGCUACAAAAACAAAAGUUCCAAAUUCACCGGCAGUAAGCACAGAGGAAGAUCCAUUUGCUACAAAAACAAAAGUUCCAAAUUCACCGGCAGUAAGCACAGAGGAAGAUCCAUUUGCUACAAAAACAAAAGUUCCAAAUUCACCGGCAGUAAGCACAGAGGAAGAUCCAUUUGCUACAAAAACAAAAGUUCCAAAUUCACCAACAGUAAGCACAAAGGAUGAUCCAUUUGGUACAAAAACAACAGUUUUAAAUUCACCAACAGUUAUAAGCUCAGAAGAUGACCCAUUUACAACUAAGUGGAAGGUUCCAAAUUCACCUGCAGUAAGCUCAGAAGAUGAUCCAUUUGCAACAAAAUCAAAAGUUCCUAGCUCCCCAACACAAAGCACAGAGGAAGAUUCAAUUGCAACAAAAGCAACAGUUUCAAAUUCACCACUUAGAAAUUCAGACGAAGACCCAUUUACAAGCAAAUCAAAGGUUCCAAAUUCACCAGCAAUUAGCUUAGAAGAAAAUCCAUUUGCAAGUAAAUCUAAAGUUCCUAACUCACCAACAGUUAGCACAGAGGAGGACCCAUUUGCCACAAAAUUAAAAGUUUCAAAUUCACCAACUGUUAACUCAAAAAUUGAUCCAUUUGCAACUAAAUCAAAGGUUCCUAAUUCACCUACAACAAGCUCAGAGGAGAACCCAUUUGCAGUAAAAUCUAAAAUUGGGAAUUCACCAAAACACAAUCUAGAUGACAUUGACCCAUUUGCAACUCAAUCUAAAGUACCCAGUUCACCAAAAAAUGAUGAGGUCAAAAUACAGGACAGUAUAAAACAGACAAUUGGGGAAGAUGCCUUUUCAAACAAUAAUCCAUUCUCACCACAAUAUCCAGCUGUAAACAUCACUUCAAAAAGAGGUGCUACAGAAUCAUCAGGAAAACAAGAUAGUGGACUACUAAACCUGGGACUUAGUAUUGAUGAAGACCAGUUUAAACCUGCUUCUGAUGUUUUUAAUGACACUGCAGCCUGGGAUGCAUUAGAAAGUUUUGGAUCAUGUACAUCAGAUCCCUCAACACUGAGUAGACAGUCGUUGUAUGUGAAGUUUGACCCCCUCGUCAAUCUACCCCCAGAUGAUCCAAGAAGAGCCAGCAUAGAUAUCAGAAGAGCAAGCAUGAAACUGGAGCGACUGAGGGAAAUCAAUUGUGAUGAAAGCUUCCUGCUGUUUGGAACACCUCCAAAGCCUUCCUCAGUUCGAAAUGUUGGUAUUGUUUCACAAGGUCCAUUGGAUGGAGGAGCUAAGAAAAAGACCCCUGCUAAGACACCUGUACAGGAAUUGAAGAAAUCAGCUGUGGACUUGUUAUCUGAUUCACCUGACAUCCUUAGUAUGAGCAUAAAUGUGAAUCGACUUGGUGAGCAGGCAGAAGGAAUUAAAAUGAACUUAGCUGAUGUGCAAGACUCAGACUCUGGUAUUGUUGAGGUUCUUCAAUACACAGAGGCAGAUUGGAAGAAGAUGCAACAUGCCCUGUUGAUGGAAGUUCAAGGGAAAAUAUUAGCUAAGGAAAGAGAAUACGCCUUGAUAAAAAAACAGUAUGAAGAUCAGAUGAAAAGGAUAAUGGAGGAACAAAAGAAAGAAUUAGCUUCCAGAGAUGAAAAAGCUAAAAAGAAUGCCAAGAGUUUUGAUGAAAUCAUGGUUAUAUUGGCUGAGUAUGAAAAGACAAUUGAUAAUUUAAUUGGUGAAAAAGAAAAAUUAAAAGAAGAAAAGGAUGAAGAAAUCAAGAAAUUGAAAGAUAAAAUACAACAACUAAAUACUGAUGAACAAUCAGUAGAAACUACCCUGUCACUUCUUCACCAACGAUAUGAAAAAUUGAAAACAGUUCUUCAAGGAUAUAUAACGAACGAAGAAACCUUAAAGAAGUAUGGAGAUGAAUGCACUGCUAAAGUUAAAGCUACAGAGGAGAAAAUGCAGGCUUUGAAAAAGGAUGCUGAAGCCAAAUUACAAAAAGCUAAUACUGAAUAUGAAACAUUGAAAUCAGAGGCUGAGGCUGAAGGAUCGAAGUUGAAAGUUGCCUUGAAGAGGAAAGAGAUGGAAUGUCAGCGUAAAGAAAAUGAAAAACAGAGCCUACAGUCACAGUUAGAACAAAAGAUACAAGAAAAUACAGAACUAACAAGUUUAUGUGAUGAACUUUUAUCAAAAGUGAAAUAAACAUUGGAAUCAAUAUUCAUAAUAAUCAAUAUAGUUAUUUUAAAGAACAUGCACUUAGUCAUAGUUUACAUUUGGCAAUAUAAGUCAAAAUGGUGUUUGUUAUAUGACUUUCACAUAAUAAGCCACAUUUGUUUUUGGUUGAUUAUGUGUGGUAUAAUUCGAGUAACUAGUAUCAACCAUGUGAAGCGGAUAUUAGUUAUGAACAAAAUUUAAACAUUUCAUGACAUGCUUGAUGAAAGCCAUUUAUAUAACUUGGUUGCUUUUUUUGUUUUUCAUUGCAAAGUGCUAUAUAUUGCCUUUGCCAAGCUCAAAUGCCAGACAAAAAAAACAAGAAUUAAAAGUUCAACUUUUUAUUUGAAAUUGCCAAUAUGCCAUGUUUGUUUAAAGCUUAACUUUAUAGUGUAAAAUUUAUAGAUUAUAGACUGAUUUCUGUCUUUUCUCUCGCUCUUUUCUCCUUCACCAUUUUUAAGUUAUUUUUGUUGAUGUUUUUCUUUAUGUAUUAAGUGCUUUGUGUAAUUAUUUUCAGCAUAUUAAAAGAUAUUUAUAUAGCUGUUGACUUCUUACAGAUACUAGAUUUGUAUUGAUUAUAUUUAGACAGGUGAUCUUGUUUGAUGUUUAUGAUUUAUUUCUUGAUGGAAAGUAUGGAAAACAAUUGUUUUUAGUAUAUAUAUAUAUGAAAGCAAUUAUUUUGUCAUGCCCUACCUACGUUAUUAAGGUGGCAUUUUCUUUUCUGGUCUGUCCAUUAUUACAUUUGUCUGUCCUGUAUCAGGUUUAAGAUUUUGGUCAAGACAGUUUACAGUUUAAGUUGUGGUCAAAUCACAGUACACUUGAUCAUUAUGUGAACUUACAAAAUUAAACGGUUUUGACCCUGAUUUCACAGUUGACCUUACAUAGAAUUGUGAUACUGGAGCAGGGCAUGGUAUCUUAUGGAAAUAUAUUCUUGUUUUCAUAUCUAAAUGUUCUGCAAUUAAAAGUAGAUAUUUAAAAGUAUAAAUUAAUAUCAAAGGCACUUUUUUGUUAUAUUUUUAGCAUGGACUCUUCCAUGAGGUACUGGAUGGAGGGGGAGGGGUCCUUGAUUUCUGUUUUCUCUUGAUAUUAUUUAGUUCACUUUUCUCUAUUCUUUGUACAAAAAAUACCCAAUUUUCUCUAUUUUUUAUUUUUAGCACUUCUUUCUGUAGUUUUGAUCCAUCAUUCUCUUCUGUAAAACCCAUCCAGACUCUUCCAUUUUUAUCAAACAAAAUAUAAUAAUAGAAAAAAAAAGUUAAUUUUUUGUUUGCAUUAAAGUUUAUAGAAAAAAAGCUGAAUUUAUACUUUGAAAACCUAGCUUUAGGAGGCCCAAACUUCAAUAGAGUAUUUUGUGAUAUGCAAUUUAUUGUUGAUUUGCAUAUAUAUAAUAUAUAUAUAUGACUACUUAUGUCUUUUAUGAACAAUGUACAAUAAACUGAUUUCAGGACAUUGUAAAUAAAUGAUUUGAGGAACUAAAUGUAGAAACAUGUA